AUGUGGUUCUACCGCAGGGUCGAUCACGGGACGCCUCCAGCGGGUUAUUGCCUGAGGUUGGAGGGGGCCGAGAUAGGGGUCGAAACCAACAUGAAGUAUCUGGGCCUGACCCUCGACAGCCACUGGACCUUCGGCGCUCACUUCGAGCGCCUGGCACCGUAUGUCGAAGCGAUGGCGAACGCCUUAGGAUGGUUGCUGCCUCGGCUGGGCGGGCCCGACGUCGGAGUGCGCCGGCAGUACGCCGGCGUGGUGCGAUCGAGGCUCCUCUACGGAGCUCCGAUCUGGGCGGAGGACCGGAUGGACAGCCGCUGCAGUCUCCUAAAGGUCAGGAAGCUGCACAGGACGGUGGCCAUCAGGGUAGUGAGGGUCUUCCGCACCAUUUCGGCGGCAGCAGCGUCGGUGCUCGCCGGGUUUCCCCCGUUCGAACUGCAGGCACUGAGGUAUCGCGAGAUUUACCUCCACAUUCGGGGUUUGUCGGACCGGGUCGGUCCGGUGGACGCCGACGUUAGGGUUCGGGCUCGGCGGGCCUUGCUCGACAGAUGGCGCGCCAGCCUCAAUAUGAGAGCGGACGCGCCAGGGCUGAGGGUCUUCGAGGCCGUCCUUCCAAACUGGGAUGUUUGGUUGGACGGUGGCGGGCACCCUACAUGGUGA